AAGCGCUUGUAUCAAUACGAUUUGUCAAUAACGUAAAUAUAGAAACAACCCUUGCAAAUGCAAAUUUCACAAUUGCCAUCCCUAUUUUAACGCACGCAUCUGAUAAAUAUCGUGUAGGCACCCAAUUGCGUGUCGAUAGCAGCAUAUCGAUAUAAACUGGACCAGUAUCGAUAUAUGUGCUUGUGCACUUUAUGGCUGGCUGCAUCGAUAUUUAUCAUUCACAGCAACCAGCUGCCAGUUGCCAGCUGUUGGCUGAUCAACAUUUUGCGGCACGUCGAGUUUAUUUUGUUUAUUUUUCCGUAAAAACAUGACGCGCAAGUGGACCGACAAGGAAACCAAACUGCUUUUGAGGCUCUAUUUAAAGUACAAGCGAGAGUUCCACGAAAGACACAAAAAGCGGACUGAGAUUUGGCAGCAUGUUGUCAGCGAAUUCGAGGAGCACGGCUAUAGGACCAGCUAUAUUAAAUUGGAUAGGAAAUUUCGGAACAUGAGCCGCACCUAUUUCAAUAUCAAACGCCAAAACAAAGAUGUCGAGCCAAAUUGGGAAUACUUUGGUCCCAUGGACGAAAUAUUUGCUGGCACCAUCCCAGAAACGUCCGAUGAUAUGUCUUAUCAGGAGCCCGACGAGGAAGAUACUGAGCCAAGAGUUGAGGUAAAAAUAGAAGAGCUCGACACCGAUUAUCCAGGUGUGUUAAUGGACGAGCCCAAUUUCGAGGAGCUGGUUUCCAACCGAAUCAGCGAAGAGCAACCAGAGAUUGAUGUUGAGAAUGCAGGAUUUGCGACAGGAUUGGAGGCACAGCGUGUCGAGGAGCUGCGCGCCAUUCGAAUCACUUUGGAGGAGGCGAAUGAAAUACAGAGACAGCGAAAUACUCUACUCCAAGAAAGAAACGAGCUGAUGAAGCAGUAUCUGGCUACUAAAUUCAGAUAUAAUCCACAUUUAUAUUAAUUCUAGUUAAUUUCUUAUAUAUUUUAAUGCCAUCAUAAAUGUUCAAAAAUAUGUGUAUUUAUUGCCUGUUUAAUGUAAGCGUACAUUAUUAUUUUUUAAUAAAAUGUGUGUCGUAUCAAAU